CUGGAGGAGAGACCCCGCCGCCCUCAUGCCCUGCUGCACGAAGCCCCCCAGCACCCACGCCAUGAAGGAGGAGGUCUUUCUCCGGCGCCGCUUCUCUCUGUGUCCACCGACCUCCACCCCACAGAAGACUGACCCCCGGAAACUCACUCGGCACCUGCUCCUGGGCUGUGAAAAUGAGCUCAGCACCGUCAGCCCAGGGAAGGAUAUGGAGCCCCACAGCCCACUGCUGACAAAGGAGGAAGAGCCCCCAACCCCCGGCUCUGCCACAAAGGUGCCACUGGCAGAGUACCGGCUGUGCAAUGGGUCUGACAAGGAGUGUGUGUCCCCGACUGCCAGGGUCUCCAAGAAGGAAACUCUCAAGGCGCAGAAGGAGAACUACAGGCAGGAGAAGAAGCGAGCUACAAAGCAACUGUUCAGCGCACUGACCGACCCUAGCGUAGUCAUCAUGGCUGACAGCCUCAAGAUCCGGGGGACCCUGAAGAGCUGGACCAAGCUGUGGUGCGUGCUGAAGCCAGGGGUGCUGCUCAUCUACAAGACGCCCAAGGUGGGUCAGUGGGUGGGCACCGUGCUGCUGCACUGCUGCGAGCUCAUCGAGCGCCCCUCCAAGAAGGACGGCUUCUGCUUCAAGCUUUUCCACCCGCUUGACCAGUCGGUCUGGGCUGUGAAGGGUCCCAAAGGUGAGAGUGUGGGCUCCAUCACACAGCCCCUCCCCAGCAGCUACCUGAUCUUCAGGGCUGCCUCUGAGUCAGACGGCCGCUGCUGGCUGGACGCCCUGGAGCUGGCUCUGCGCUGCUCCAGCCUGCUGCGGCUGAGCUCAUGCAAGCAGGGCCGCGACGGAGAGCCGGGGUCCUCACCCGAUGCAUCGCCCUCCUCAGUCUACGGGCUGCCCACGUCAGUGGCCGUCCAUGCGGACCAGGACCUGUUCCCGCUAAACGGGUCUUCCCUGGAGAAUGACGGGUUCUCGGACAAGUCGGAGCGAGAGAAUGCCGAAGACUCUGAUGCAGAGACCCAGGACCACAGCCGAAAGACCAAUGAGAGCGGGAGUGACCAGUCUGAGGGCCCUGGGGGGCCACGGAGAGGGACCUCCUAUGUGGAGCAGGUCCAGGAGGAGCUCGUGGAGCUGGGGGAGGCGGCGUCCCAGGUCGAGACGGUGUCGGAGGAAAACAAGAACCUGAUGUGGGCCCUGCUGCGGCAGCUGCGGCCCGGCAUGGACCUGUCCCGUGUGGUGCUGCCCACCUUCGUGCUAGAGCCGCGCUCCUUCCUCAGCAAACUCUCGGACUACUACUGCCACGCUGACCUGCUGUCCAGGGCUACAAUGGAGGACAGCGCCUAUGGCCGCAUCAAGCUCGUGCUGCGGUGGUACCUGUCUGGCUUCUACAAGAAGCCCAAGGGAAUCAAGAAGCCCUACAACCCCAUCCUGGGGGAGACCUUCCGCUGCUGCUGGCUCCACCCCCAGACCAACAGCCACACCUUCUACAUAGCAGAGCAGGUGUCCCACCACCCACCCGUGUCUGCCUUCCAUGUCAGCAACCGGAAAGACGGCUUCUGCAUGAGUGGGAGUGUCACGGCCAAGUCCCGGUUCUACGGGAACUCACUGUCAGCACUCCUGGAUGGCAAGGCCACACUCACCUUCCUGAACCGAGCAGAAGACUACACCCUCACUAUGCCCUAUGCCCACUGCAGAGGGCUCCUGUAUGGCACCAUGACCCUGGAGCUAGGGGGGAAGGUGACCAUUGCCUGCGAGAAGAACAACCUCCAAGUUGAGCUGGACUUCAAGCUCAAGCCUUUCUUUGGGGGCAGCACCCACAUCAAUCAGAUCUCAGGAAAGAUCAUGUCUGGAGAGGAGGUCCUGGCGCGUCUCACUGGACACUGGGAUGGAGAUGUGUUUAUCAAGGAGGAGGGCAGCGGAAGUUCUGAGCUCUUCUGGACCCCGAGUGAGGAGGUCCGUGCACAGCGGUUGAAGCGGCACACGGUGCUGUUUGAGGAACAGACAGAGCUAGAGUCCGAAAGGCUCUGGCAGCAUGUCACGAGGGCCAUCCUCAAAGGUGACCAGCACAAGGCCACACAGGAGAAGUUCAUACUGGAGGAGGCACAGCGGCAGCGUUCCCGCGAGCGCCAGCAGAACCUCACCCCCUGGAAACCGCAACUGUUCCAUCUGGAUCCGCUCACCCAGGAGUGGUGCUACCGAUAUGAGAACCACAGGCCCUGGGACCCCCUGAAGGACAUUGCCCAGUUUGAGCAGGAUGGAGUUCUGCAUACUCUGCAGCGAGAGACCAUGGCCCAUCAGACCACCUUCCUGGGCAGCCCGCGCUCUGGGCAUGAGAGGCCUGGCCCAGAUCGGCGACUCCGCAAGGCCAGUGACCAGCCCUCGGGCCACAGCCAGGUCACAGAAAGCAGCGGCUCCACACCUGAGUCCUGCCCAGAGCUCUCAGAUGAGGAUGGUGACUUUGUUCCUGGAGGUGACAGCCCGUGCCCUCGGUGCAGGAGGGAGGUGCACCGGCUGCAGGCCCUGCAGGAGGCCGUGUUGUCCAUCCAGGAGGCCCAGCAGGAGCUACACAGGCACCUCUCGGCCAUGCUGAGCUGUGUGGUGCACAUCAGGCAGGCACCAGCCCCAGGCCUCCUGCACAGCCCCCGUUCCUGGUUCCUGCUCUGCGUGUUCCUGGCCUGUCAGCUGCUCAUCAACUAUGUCCUCAAAUAAGAGCCCUCAGGCAGUGGGACACGGCCUACAGAACUCCAGCAGCCCAGCUCUCCCUUCCAGGCACCCAGCACUUUAAGCCAGCCAUAUGGACGCAGAGAGGCUCAACAGGCAUGGCCACUGUGACAGAGGGGCCAUGCCCAAAGGACAGCAGACAGGCCCUGUGGCCAUCAGUGCACUGCAGCCUGUAGUGUGGCGCCCUCUAGGGGAGGCAGUGGCCUUUGCAGGAGGGCAAGAGCCUUGCCUGCAGUGCCCUCUGCUCAGUGCUGGCCUUAAUGCUAAAGCCAAAUGCAGCUUCUGUCCUGAGAUGCCCUGGUACUCUUGCCUCAUCGUUCUCAGUCCAGCCCACGUGGCAUCGAUGGAGGUGGGGUGGGAGGCCCGUCUAGAUGUUGGACUGUCACACCCAGUGGCAGUGAGUGAGUACGGUUUAGAGGAGCAAGCUGGAACACCCAGAAGUCCCCAGGGCUUAGCCUCCGUGAUACACAGACCUGCCUUCCUGGGACCCUUCCCACAAUGCUGAGGUCACCUUGGAGGGACCUCCAGUGGACCCUGGGGCAGGCUGGGGCUCCUCUGGGGAAGACAGUGGAGCUUUUAUUCUGCCACUGUGCUGUUUGGACAGCAGCCAAGUACAGGUAGGUACCAAGCCUCUCCUCAACCCCACAGUGGAAGGAGCCUGUUUGUGCAGGGGGGUGCCCAGCCUACCUUGACUAUGAGUGUGUGCCCAGGAACAGGGCAUAGGAGGUCGCCCUGAAGCCAGGAGGCUCAAGCUUGCCACUUUGCAGUCUUCCCAUUUGUUUAACACUUUUUUAAUACACAUAAUAAUUGCAAUAUUUUAGGCCUCUGGGCGCAGCAGAGAGCCUUGGGGCCCAGUUCCUGUGUCAAUGGCACCCUGUGUGUGCACGUGUGUGUGAGCAUCUACACAUAUUUACAUCCGGAGCCUUAAACUACUUUGUGGGUGCCGUCUCGACGUAACUGAUUCUUCCAUUUUUCUCAUUUUGUACCAAUGUCCUUGUCUGUCCUCCUCCCCAAUUUGGGGACAUGUCUAUGCUCCAUGCCUUGAAAUAAACGGACAC